AUGGUUGCUGAGUUAGAGGCGCGAAAUUCAACAAUAUUAAAUGAUCUGGAUUUAUUUUUUAGAAGCAAAAUUGCAAACGAUAUCUGCAAGGGUUUUAAUUUUGAUUUAACCAAGUAUGUUGACAACAUCCAGAUAAACAUUACUAUCUCAUCUACAAAAUUGGACGCUUUACAUAAUGGAAAGUACAUUACCAGAGUGAUGGAGAAUUUUUUUACUGUCAAUAUUACUAAAAUAUCAUGUCUGCACCUAAUCUUUGAUUACUUACAUUUUAAAAUGAAGCAUCCAGAAGUUUUGUGGUGCACAGUAACCUACAACGAUUGGAAUAAAACAUAUCGGAUGGAAAGAAUUAGCUAUCCUACAAUCCUUGAAGGUCUAUACAUCUUAUCAAGCAAUCAAAGAUACCUCUCGCCCUUAGAAAAAAUUCAUACAUCUUUCGACUUUUCACUUAUUCUAGGAACAAUCAUAAUUUCGAUCAUUACCUAUUUAGAUCUUCUAUUCACAAAUUUGAAUCGAACGUGUUCAUUUGCCACAUUUAAAAUAAUUCGCUUGUGGAUUGGUGUUUCAUUUAUUUAUUUAUUUACUUUUUGA